CAAUACUACCCUACCCACGCUGCGACUACCCCCGAAGGGAACGAAGUUUCGAAACGCCGAGGCACACCAACCCACCACCGCCGGCAAACCGAGGGUGUCCGGCCCGGCCCGCCCGCACGCAUUGCAUUGCAUUGCAUUCCAUUGCAUUCACGAAACGAACGAUGCAGUUCAGGGUCGUCGUUCCCGAGGGAUGCCUCCCGGGCCAGGUGCUGCGCCUCCGGCUCGUAGCGGACGGAACCGAGGCCAACGCCAGGAUUCCCACCGGCCUGGUUCCGGGCGAUUCCUUCGUCGUCGAGGUGGCCACAAAGGCGGCGGACGCGGACGCGGACGCGGACGCGGACGCCACCGGUGGGGGGGAGUCCCCGAACCUUGCCGACCGAAAAAAACAGAGGCAGCAGGCGAAAAAGCAAAAGCAGCAGUCGCAGUCGCAGUCGCAAUCGCAGUCGCAGUCGAAAUUGCAGUCCGGCCCAACCACCACCGCUGGAGACGGCCAGAACCCGCUCCCGGCGGUGGUGGUGUCCGGCGACCACAGCGAAGACGCCGUUGUGGUGGUGCUCCCCCAAGAACAAGCCACAACGACACCGGCAAAGGCACCUUCCGGGGGUGCGCGGCCCCCGAGCGGGCCGGAAGCCCACCCCUCCGCAGGGGCCGCGAUCCGCCCCCGGUUCCGAAGGCCGGCCUCCCGGGAGUUUUUGCUGGCCCUGGCGGCCGGGGCGCUGGCCCUGGGAGCCUCCGCGGCCCUGGGCUUUGUGCUCGGCGUCGUCCACGUGACGGAGCCCCUCUUUCGGGUCUUCCCGCUGGAAAAACCCAAGCAGCGGUCUAUGGCGGUCCCGCAGCGGGGGCAAAAGAGGGUCCUGAAGGCGACCAUCAAGGGGAUCAAACUCUCCCAGAAGGGGACGACGCUGACGAUUGCCGGAAGCGAGGGAUAACAAGCGGAGGCCCGGGUGCAAGGGCGAUGCGAUGCCAUGCGAUGCGAUGCCAUGCGAUGCGAUGCCAUGCGGGGAGCCGCGGGAACGAUUGGGUGGGGUCGCCGGAAAAACCCAACCCACGCAACGGACCGGGAUAUGGCGCAGGAAAUCGGCGUGCGAGGUCCAACCCCCCCCCCCCCCCCCCCCCCCCCCUCACCUCGCACGAAAGGAAUCGGUUGCCAAACCGACGCGGACCCAUCGUCGGUCGCAACCAAAAGACUCGAAUCGUCGAGCCCGCGCGUCAACAGACAUUCUCUGGCGACCCGCGAUUCCAUUGUCUAGGAAAGUGGUUGCCAUGGCCAACGUUUUAGUCAUGGAGCUACUGCAAUGUUGUAAACAACUAGCGACAAUAGACCAAAAUAAAACAU